UGUACAGCUACUAGCCUUCUCCAGCUGCGUUGUCCACAACGCCGUCGGAGCACGUUUCCUCCGUCGUCGUCGUCGUCGUCAUUUGGUGUGGAAUUCACAGCAUAUCUCGCAGCGUUGUGUAGGACCCACGGGGAGCAGUCUCGAAGCGAGGCCAUGAGAUUUGACAUGGUGUGUCCCGACGGCCGGGACGGGAACCGUUGAUUGUGAGCUCGGUGGACUUGCACCAUUCAAUGGAACUCCUGGUCACGUGAGAAUGCAAGCAGUAGUGACAUGGAUAUGCUGAGGGAGAUGCCGAGCACAUGGGGGUGGUGUUCGAUCAGGACUGCGUGCUGGGUUGCGAAGAUCUUCCAACCGCAUGACAGUGGUGAAGCAAACGGCGGGCUCGAGACUUCGGGGGGUAAAGCGGUGUGGCUGUGGGGCCAGCAGGGUGUCGAGUUGACCGAGCAUCGUGAGAGAAUGACAAUGCAGGGAUCGCCACAAGGCUGAAGUGCCACCAGAUUUUACAGCGCGUAUGAUGAUCCCACUUGCGUCCAUGUCAGAGAGAUUUGGAAACGGGUUGAGAGGGAGUUGUGAGCAUCUAGCGGAAUGGGUACGAAGCGUCACCGCUUCGGCCGGAGGAAAGCAUGGCCCAGGCAGUAAUAGCUCCCAGCGCUGACUCCACUUAUGCUCACAAUAUCCGUUGCUCCUAGCGAAUCCCUCAAUUCACACGUCUGUCUUCGACGUCGAUCGUCGUAUGUUCUCCUAGUCUGGUGUGCUGGAUCACCGAGAUACGUCUGCAAGACGGUCUGAGUGUGAGUGUGUGUGUUGCUGGCUUCGUGCCUUGUAGUGGUAGAGUUUGUUUCUGGGUUUUCGGCCAUAGCUUGUUGACAGUGUUUGAAGGGGGUGCGUAGCGCUGCAGCGGAAGAUUCCGUCUAGUAUAGCUAGCUUCGCAAGAGGAGGACUAGUAUUGGGUUAGAUUCCAUGAUGUCCCUUUGCAAUUUUAGUCAUUUGCUGGUAUGAGUUGCGGGUAGCUAGUCCGAAUGGUGAGCAGAUUUGGAUGCUGGUAUCUCAUAUGGAAUUUGGGGCUUGCCGCACCGCUGACACACCUAUAUUCGGCUCAAGGUUGCAUCUCGUACUCCCUGUCUGAUUGUGUCCUUUUCCACGUUUUUGGUCUGGACAGGAAUAGUGGUUUUUAGAUUCCGUUUGAAGUUGUCAGACCCGCUGGCUAGCGACGUUGUUGUUGUCGUCGUGGUUCUGUCGAAUUUUUCUGGUGGUAGUUAGGAUUCUUCCGGGACAGUUGACGGCUGCCUUGUGCGAUCGGGACAAUGUGGCGGCGUAAGCCACCGUCGAAUAUUCUUAAUACGAUUAUCCGGCGUGAGUUGGUCUUUGAGGGGUUGUUCCGAUGAUGUAUCGUUUCGGCCCUUCUGAAUUUUAUUUCGUGGCUUGUUCUGUUGAUCAUUUGAUAUUCUUCUGCAGACCUUGUUGUUUGUUUCUGCGUUUCACGAACGUCAAUUGCGUUCACCACACCCUCUCUAGCCUUGUCUCUCGCCCCAUCUUCAUGCUCCCCCACGUUUUGCGAAUUGCUGAGCCAUCAUUUUUUACACGCUCUUUUCCGGCCGAAUUUCGUUUCUGAUCGUGCUUGUGCUGCACCGGGAUUUAAGGUUUCUUGUAACUGCUAAAUUUAAGUGUGCCUACACUCAGGAGGAUGACGAAGAAGUUGUCUGCAUUUCUACCGUAUGCUAAGUGGAGUGGGUCAGAUUGAGUACUAGACACCUUUCCGCAAGGACAAGAUUCACGCUAUCAACGGUGGGUCGGCCGAAACGGCAUCGAUCAGAAAGAGGAGUGUGCAUGUCGGAGAAGCAGGGAAUAAUUUAGAUGCAGCACAUAAUGUAGUGCAAGCAUUUCACGUCACUUUUUUCAAGCUACCCUCUCCACCCAGGCGCUGAUUAGUUCACCUUCGAGCUCGAAACCAUUGCUCGGUACAACGUCUCUGAACAACCAGACGUGGGGUAAUCACCAUGGCAGCCGUGGAUGCGGAGUCUGGGCGUCUCGCCCUAUAUAGAAAUCAGGAUAAUGUACCAAUUAAGGCGAUUUUGUUUUUGGCAUACCAGAGCUUUGGCGUAGUCUACGGAGACCUAAGCACUUCACCUCUCUACGUGUAUCGCAGCACAUUCUCAGGCAGAUUGGGUUUGUAUGAAAGUGAUGACGAGAUAAUUGGCGUCUUAUCUUUUAUAUUCUAUACAUUGACUAUUAUUCCCCUUCUCAAAUAUGUGUUUAUCGUGCUGAAUGCAAGUGACAAUGGUGAAGGUGGAACAUUUGCUCUCUACUCUCUCUUGUGCCGCCAUGCCAAGCUCAGCUUGUUGCCCAAUCAACAAGAUGAUGAUCAGAAUUUGUCUACGUAUAAGGUGGAGACGCCAGAGCAGACAAAAGUAGGAUUGAGAGUGAAGAACCUGUUUGAGAAGCACCCUCAUCUUCGCAAAGGGCUACUCAUAGUGGUCCUGCUGGGGACUUGCAUGGUCAUAGCGGAUGGUGUUUUUACACCUGCCAUUUCUGUGUUAUCAGCGGUUACAGGUAUUCGAGUCGCAGCACCGGACCUCCCUGAAAGCGUGGUGACUGCAGUGUCAUGCGGUAUCCUGCUCGGCUUAUUCGUACUGCAACAUUUCGGCACCCGUCGAGUCGCGUUCUUGUUCGCACCCAUUGUAAUUGCGUGGCUGCUCUGCAUCUCUAUCAUUGGAGUGUACAAUAUAAUAGUUUACAAUCCACGAGGAAUCUGGGCUGCGUUGUCCCCGGUGUCCAUGUACAAAUUCUUGAAAAGCGCUGGCAAGGAUGGCUGGAUAUCUCUUGGUGGUGUUGUCCUGUGUAUUACUGGUACUGAAGCUAUGUUUGCAGAUCUGGGUCACUUCAACGAACUCUCGAUCAAGAUUGCCUUCACAACCGUUGUGUAUCCAGCUUUAAUAUUAGGGUACUUUGGGCAAGCCGCUUACUUGUCGAAGAACCGAAACGAUGUGUCAGAAAGCUUUUACAAGUCAAUUCCGACACCCGUCUUCUGGCCCGUGUUUGUGAUCGCUACACUGGCAGCUAUUGUGGGUAGCCAAGCUGUUAUUUCAGCAACUUUUUCAAUUGUAAAGCAAUGCGUAUCGCUCUGCUGUUUCCCAAGAGUCAAAGUAAUCCACACGUCCAAAGAAAUCCAUGGCCAGAUCUACAUACCUGAGGUCAACUGGAUAUUGUUCCUUUUGUGCUUGUCCAUUACCGUGGGAUUCAGAGAUACAACCACCAUUGGGAAUGCAUAUGGUCUUGCAGUGAUGACGGUGAUGCUUGUGACGACUUGCCUCAUGGCUUUGGUCAUUUUGAUUGUGUGGGGACGAAGCAUAAUUUUGGCUUUGGCUUUCCUCAUAUUUUUCGGGUCCAUUGAGGCGAUGUACAUUUCCGUGACCAUUCUGAAAGUGCCUCAAGGGGGGUGGGUUCCGCUGGUAAUAUCCUUCGUUUUCGUGAUCAUCAUGUACAUAUGGAAUUACGGGACUUCGAAGAAGUAUCAGUAUGAUCUAGAGAACAAAGUCGCAAUGCAAACGUUGAUGCAGAUUGGGCCGCCCAUGGGAGGCGUCCGUGUCCCUGGUAUUGGUCUUUACUAUACAGAGCUUGUCACGGGAGUUCCACCUAUUUUGGCCCAUUUUUUCACAAAUCUGCCGGCUCUGCAUGAGUUCCUGGUGCUUGUCACCAUUAAGCAUGUGCCAGUACCUUAUAUUCCUUCACAAGAGCGCUAUCUUGUGGGGCGAAUUGGUUCAAAGGACCUGCGCUUGUACAGGUGCAUCGUUCGCUAUGGAUACAAAGAUACCCACAAAGAUGACAACACGUUCGAGGAUAAACUCAUAAAAAAACUAGGUGAAUUUAUUCUGGCAGAGGACGAUGCGGGAUCUGAAUCCUUCAGUUCCGACGACAGAGCCGGCGGAGUGAUGCAGUCAUCAGGAAUCAGUCGAUCACUAUGUCUAGUGCACGCUGUGAACAAUGAAUCAGUAAUCAUGGAGAGACUAGAGGAAAGGGACCGACCACUGGAAAUGUCUCAGAUCGCUUGCAGAGAACCUCCUUCGCGAAGGGGUGGAAAGAAGCGCGUUCGUUUCGAAAGUCCUGAGCGCCAGCAACCACAUCCAGCGGUUGUGCGGGAGUUUGAAAUGCUCCGAGAACAUAAGGAGAGGGGCGUGGUCUAUAUUCUUGGUCACUCUUACGUGGAGGCAACCGGUGCGUCGUCAUUGGUGAAGAAGUUUGCAAUCAACUUUGUCUACACCUUCUUGAGGCGGAUAUGCAGGGGACCUUCCGUUGUAUUACAUAUACCGCAAGCAUCCUCCAUUGAAAUUGGAGUAGUCUACAGAGUGUAGAUAAUAGAAGCACUUCCUAGCCUGCAUUCACCUGUAUGUUAUGUUUUUGUUCGAAUAGGUCCAACUCAGGCCAUCCUAUUGUACGAAGGAAUUUGUUCCGUCCAGAGAGAGAGAAGAAAAACGAGGCUGCUUAGGUACGAGGUAGCAAGCACGAAUCUACUAUUGAGCUGAGGAUUCUGGGAGACUCUACGUAUGUGAUUGAGGAAACCCAGAUUUUCAAAAUGUCCACAUGAGAACCUUGCGAGUGUAAAAAAAGAGAUUAGAAAAUUCUCUCUAGAGUAGUGUACAGCUACAUCCUUGACAUGCUUUUAUAUUACAAAGUCUUUGAAUCUGUAA